AUGGUUGAUAUGGAAAACGAAAAUGCUCGUCUACGUUUGCCGAGCCAUGAUACUGUAAAAAAAACUAUUUUGGUAAAAAGAGCAAUCUCAGUCUGCUAUCUAUCUAUCUAUCUAUCCUACUCUAUUUAUAUCUCAGCCUAUUCAUAUCUAUCUAUCUAUCUAUCUAUCUAUCUAUCUAUCUAUCUAUCUAUCUAUCUAUCUAUCUCAGUCAACUCAUAUCUAUCUAUAUGUCUACUCAUAUCUAUCUCAGUCUACACCUUCCUAUCUAUCUAUCUAUCAAUCUAUCUAUCUAUCUAUCUCAGGCAACUCAUAUCUAUUUUAGUCUACUCCUAUCUAUCUAUCUAUCUAUCUAUCUAUCUAUCUAUCUAUCUAUCUAUCUAUCUAUCCUACUCUAUUUAUAUCUCAGUCUAUUCAUUAUCUAUCUAUCUAUCUAUCUAUCUAUCUAUAUAUCUAUCUAGCUAUCUAUCUCAGUCAACUCAUAUCUAUCUAUAUGUCUACUCAUAUCUAUCUCAGUCUACUCCUUCCUAUCUAUCUAUCUAUCUAUCUAUCUAUCUAUCUAUCUAUCUAUCUAUCUAUAUCUCUAUUCAUAACUAUCUCACUCUAUUCAUAUCUAUCUAUCUAUCUAUCUAUCUAUCUAUCUAUCUAUCUAUCUAUCUAUCUAUCUAUCUAUCUAUCUGGCUACUCAUAUCUAUUUUAGUCUACUCCCGUCUAUCAAUCUAUCUAUCUAUCUAUCUAUCUAUCUAUCUAUCUAUCUAUCUAUUAUUAUCUUCUCGGAAAAUUAUCAAGGGCUCAGGAAUAGAUCUAUCUAUCUAUCUAUCUAUCUAUCUAUCUAUCUAUCUAUCUAUCUAUCUAUCUAUCUAUCUUAUAUGGGAAAUAACCCACGAAUCAUUGAAAAAACCAAAGAAUUUUAAUCCAGUUUCGACACUGCCGAGAUCAAUAUCCAUGGUUUGGGUGUGCGCAUAUGCAUGUACGUGUGCACGCUCGUUCAUCGCUGCCUUUGGAAUCUUUCAAUCUAUCAUUCCCUUUUUUCUCUUCCUCCAUUUCACUAUCUCUCCAACAAUAUUGUGCUUUCGCAACUUCUUUCUUUCUUUCUUUCUUUUUCUUUCUUUCUUUCUUUCUUUCUUUCUUUUUUUUUGGACAGUGAAGAACUUUUCUUUCUUUCUUUUCUUAGCCCCGUUCAAGUUUAUAUCGUCUUUCUCUUUUCCCAGUCGUUCCUCUUCUUUCUUUCUUUCUUUCUUUCUUUCUUUCUUUCUUUCUUUCUUUCUUUCUUUCUUCAGUUUAUAUCAUCUUUCUUUUUUCACAUUCCUCUUUCUUUCUUUCUUUCUUUCUUUCUUUCUUUUUAAAUUUUUACAAGAAAAAUAUUUUCACAUUCCUCUUUCUUUCUUUCUUUCUUUCUUUCUUUUUUUUCAUUUUCAUUCAGGCGAUUCUUUCUUUCUUUCUUUCUUUCUUUUUAACAGAGAUUUUUCUUUUUUCACAUUCCUCUUUCUUUCUUUCUUUCUUUCUUUAACUUUUUACAUCUUUCUCUUUUUCACAUUCCUCUUUCAUUCUUUCUUUCUUUCUUUAGCGCUUUUUACAUCUUUCUCUUUUUCACAUUCCUCUUUCUUUCUUUCUUUCUUUCUUUCUUUCUUUCUUUCUUUCUUUUUCACAUUCCUCUUUCCUUUCUUUCUUUCUUUCUUCAUUGUUUUUUUUAUCAUCUUUUUCUUUUUCAUUUAUUUUCUUUUCUUUUCUUUCUUUUUCUUUUCUUUCUUUUCGCUUCUUUCUUUCUUUCUUUCUUUCACUUUUUCCUCUUUCUUUUUUUUCUUUCUUUUUCUUUUCUUUCUUCAGUUUUUAUCAUUUUUUUUUUUUUUACAUUUUUCUUUUUUUCAUUUUCUUUCUUUUUUUUUUUUCAUCUUUCUUUUUUUUUCCAAUUCCUCUUUUUCUUUCUUUCUUUCUUUCUUUCUUUUUUCUUCUUUCUUUUACAUCUUUCUUUCUUUUUUUCUUUUUCUUUCUUUCUUUCUUUAUUUUCUUUGUUUUUAUCAUCUUUCUUUUUUCCAUUUUCCUUUCUUAAUUUUCUUUCUUUUUUCUUUUUUUAUCUUUCGCUUUUUCAUUUAUUUUUCUUUCUUUUUCACAUUCCAUUCUUUCUUUCUUUCUUUUCUUUCUUUUCAUUUCUUUUUUUUUCAUCUUUCUUUUUCUUUUUUUUCAUCUUUUCUUUCUUUUUCUUUCUUUUCUUUUUCUUUCUUUCAGUUUUUAUCAUCUUUCUUUCUUUUUUCACAUUUUUUUCUUUCUUUCUUUCUUUCUUUAUUUUCUUUCUUUUUUUGCCAUCUUUCUUUCUUUUUCACAUUUCUAUUUCUUUCUUUUUCUUGCUUUCUUUUUUUAACUUUUUUAUUUAAUUCAAUUUUUUUUAAUGUCUUUUUAAAUUUUUUUUCUUCUUUUCUUUCACAUAUAAUUUUCUUUCUUUCUUCUUUUUUUUUUUUUUUUUUCUUUUUUUCAUCUUUUUUUUUUGGAAGUUUUCUUUUAGAAAAAAGAUUUUUUUACAUCUUUUCUUUUUCAUUCCUUUUUUCUUUAUUUCUUUUCUUCAGUUUAUUUUAUAUGAUUUAUACAAAAGAUUUUUCUUUUUUUUUUUUUUCUUCCCUUUUUACUGUUUUUUCUUUUUUCUUUUUCAUUCUUUCCUUUCUUUCUGUUUUUCUUUUCUUCAUUCCUCUUUCUUUCUUUCCCGUUUCUUUCUUUCAUUUUCUUAUUCAAAAAAAAUUUUCUCUUUCUUUUUUUCAUUUUUCUUUUCUUUUAAUCUUAUAUUUAUUUUUCUUCAUUAAAUUUUAUUUUCACUUUUCUUUUAUUUUUAUAUUGUAUGUCUUUCUUUCUUUUUUCACUUUGAUUCUUUGUUUUAUUUUUUUUGGAUAUAAAAGGAAAUCUUUUCUUUUUUCUUUGUUUUUCUUUCUUUAUUUCAUUCAUUCUUUAGAAAAUUUCCAAUUUGUCAUCUUUUUUUCUUUUCACUUUUCAUCUCUUCUUUCUUUUCUUUCAUUUGUUUUCUUUCUUUAA